AUGUUGACGAUUGCUCUGAUAUGUAGCGUUGCUACUGCGUUCGUGCUUUAUCUUCUCAUUUCCACAUUCACAAAGAGGCGUCGCCAUGCCAUCGCCGCAAAGCAGCUGGGCUGUCGGCCGGCACCCACAGAAUACACCCCUGAUCCACUGGGGCUGGUGAACUUGGUCAAAACCCUACGGGCAAACAGCAAGAACGAAGUCCUUGAGUAUAUCCGAGGCGUGUUCGACGAUGUGUCGCGACGCAGAAACAAGACAGUCUAUUCUUAUGACACGAACAUCCUGGGGGACCGGGUCUUUUUCACGUGUGACCCACGGAAUAUCCAGGCCGUGCUGGCUACUCAGUUCAAGGAUUUCGAGCUGGGCAAGAUCCGCAACUCGGCAUUUGCUCCAUUACUUGGCCACGGCAUCUUUUCGGCCGACGGGAAGCAAUGGGAUCACUCCCGCGCUCUUCUUCGACCGCAAUUCUCGCGUGAUCAGGUCAAGGACCUGGGUCUGGAAGAGAAGCACGUACAAAACUUGCUCAGAGCGCUCCCUGUGCAAGCCGACGGUUGGACGAGCACGACCGACAUUCAACCUCUGAUAGCCCGGUUCACCAUGGACUCGGCGAGCGAAUUCCUCUUUGGAGAGAGCACCAACAUCCAACUCUCUGCACUUUCCGAGGAGGCCGCGGCGAAAAACGCCGAAGACCGUGCCUUUGUGGAAGCGUUCGAGGCCUGUCAAGACCGCAUGGCCAAGGCCCUCUUGCUGAACGAAUUCUACUAUUUGGUCCUGACCAGGAAGCACAAUGAGGACUGCCGAUUGUGCCAUCGAUACAUUGACCGAUUCGUGCACAAAGCUCUCGGCCGCGGCGGUACGAAAGAACUUGUCGAGAGCGGCAAAAAGGAAAAAUAUGUCUUUCUCGAGAGCCUGGUCAGCGAGACCAGAGAUCCGAUCGAGAUUCGUAACCAACUCCUGUCGAUUCUGUUGGCCGGUCGCGACACCACCGCCUCGUUGCUGAGCUUCUUGUUUCUCAUGCUGGUCCAGCACCCCGAGAUAUUCAACAGGCUGCGAUCAAUCAUUGUCGAAGACUUUGGAACCUUUGACUCGCCCAAAGACCUCACCUUUGCCAACCUGAAGGCUUGCUCCUAUCUGCAAUGGUGCAUCAAUGAGACCUUGCGGCUUUUCCCCAGCGUCCCUCUCAAUGGACGGCGAUGCACUCGAGACACCAGCCUGCCUUUCGGGGGUGGCGAAGACGGCCUUUCACCCGUUUUCCUACCUGCCGGUACGGAAAUUGCCUAUUUGGUGUAUGUGAUGCAACGACACCCCGACUUCUGGGGCCCAGAUGCUGACGCGUUCCGACCGGAGCGGUGGCGGAAUCACAAGUACGGAUUCGAGUACCUCCCCUUCAACGGUGGACCGAGAAUCUGUCUCGGACAGCAGUUUGCCCUGACAAAGGCCGCCUACGUGACCGUUCGCCUCCUCCAGCGGUUUGACAGGCUCGAUGGGUCGAGCGUGCCCAAGGGCCCGGUUCAAUGGGCUUUGACCUUGACUGGCAAGCCUAAAGAUGGGGUUCGGCUGCGGCUGCACGCUGCUGCUGAGGGCUAG